AUGGCGUUGACUUUUAUAAGGGCGUUAACUUUACUAUCAGCACUUUGUAGUAUUCAAGCUUCAGCUGGAGAGGAAGAAGUAAUCAGCCAGGAAUUUGCAAUUACUUUGGAUCAUUCCAACUUCACUCAAACUGUUGCCAAACAAGAUUUCAUUUUUGUCAAUUUUUAUGCUCCAGGGUGUGGGUUUUGCAAAUCUCUUGCUCCGGAGUAUGAGAAGGCAGCUUCUAUUUUGGAAAAGCAUGAUCCUCCAAUAACCCUAGCAAAAUACGAUGCUUUCGAACCAGCAAAUAAGGAUGACGUAAGAAAUAUAAAAAUAAGAGGUUUUCCAACACUUAAAAUAAUAAGAAAUGGAGGUAAAAUAGUUGAAGACGAAUAUGAAGGACCUCGAAAAGCUGAAGCAAUUGUUGAAUAUGUAAUCAAACAAUUUGGACCUGCGUCUGUUGAGAUUAAAUCUGCUCAUCAUGCUGCUACUCUUAUUCAUCCUAACAACACUUUCAUUGUAGGAGUUUUCCCAGAAUUUAAAGGGGAGGAAUAUGAAAACUUUACCAAGUUGGCUGAAAAAUUGCGAAACGAUUACGACUUUGGUCACACGUUGGAUGCUAAGUUCCUUCCAAGAGGUGAUUUUUUAGUCAAAGGACCCUUCAUUAGAUUGCUUAAGCCAUUUGAUGAAUUAUUUCUUGAUUUUCAGAAUUUUGAUUUAGGUGCCAUGGAAAAGUUUAUCGAAGAAGAGGGUGCACCUUCAGUCAUCAUAUACGACACACAACCUGGCAAUCCUUACAUUACUAAAUUCUUUUCAAAUGAAGACAAAAAGACCAAGGUCACAAUGAUUUUGAACUUCACUAACGAGAAUGCUGCAAUACUGAUGUCCAAAUUUAAUGAUAUUGCUUAUCUACUUAAAGGUGGCAAAACAAGCUUCUUACUUGGUGAUCUUGAGCCAAGCCAAAGAAUUCUUAAGUUUUAUAAGCUCGACAAAUCCUUAGUUCCUCUCAUCUACAUACAAAAGAAUGGUGCUCAAAAAUAUGUUAAAGCAAAUGUGGGACCAGAUGAAGUUGUGCCUUGGUUCAAGAAAUUCUUGGAUGGAAAAAUAGAGGAAUACAUAAGAUCACAACCUAUUCCUCUAGAAGAUAACGAACCUGUAAAGAUGGUAGUCCAUAGAAACUUCCAUGACAUGGUAUAUAACUCUAGAAAAGAAGUUCUACUAGAGUUCUAUGCGCCUUGGUGUGGUCACUGUAAGAAGCUUGCUCCAAUCUUGAAUGAAGUUGCUCUUUCUUACCUAAAGGAUCCUAAUGUCUUAAUUGCUAAAUUUGAUGCAACUGCAAAUGAUAUCCCUAGCAGUAUUUUCAAGGUAAAUAGCUAUCCUACAAUGUACUACAUUUCAUCAAAAAAAGAGAUGAAGGAGAUAAUUAAGUACACAGGAGAAAGAACCAAGAAAAAUAUUAUCAACUUCAUAGAGAAACAUAAGUUUGAUAAGAAAAUCAAAAAUCAAUCUGAUAACGGAAGCAUGUCUACUAGUGAAAUAGAUUCGUUUAGAGAUGAACUGUAAUUAUAUUGUGAAAAAAAAGAAAAGCCUUAAAAAUUAUGUUUAAGAAUGUAGGGCUUCAUCAACGAUAAAAAAACAUUUAUAUGAGAAAAAUUAAUUGAUAAUCAAAGUUUAUUGGUUUUAUGAGAUUUUAAUUAUCAAAAACUAUUGGUGAUUCUAUGAAGUUAUCUAAUUAAACAUUGAGUUUUCAAUAUGUGUGAUAGAUAUGUUGCAUGAUUUCACAUUUGUCUAUACUAAUCAUAUCUAUGCAUCUAUAACGUGUAAUCUAUAUCGCUAAUCUAUAACUAAAAUAAAAGCCCAUUUUUUGAAGAUGCACAUUUCUCACUUUUCAUGUAAGCAUUUCUCUCCCAAAUUUAAUAUUGAUGUUAUUAUAAUAUAACAUCUUUUUCAUGUUACUAUAGAGUGCGAAGUUGUCACUGUUGAAAUAAGGAGGUUAGUAGGAAGAACAACUAUAUAAUUGAGCCAUUUUCCAAAGAGUUGAUUUCUAACAAAUUGUUAAAUUUUCAAAAUAGUGAGUUGAAUUUUGAUACCAAUUAAAGAAUCCUUUAUUGAACUAUGAGGUUAAUACUCUAGAUAGAGGCGCGGUUAAAAGAUGACUUUUUAUCGAAUUGUUUGUAAGGAUUUCGUAUACUUAAUUGCUUAUGUCUUGAGUACAACAAACUACGCAUUUGCAGAAUAAAACUAGACAAAAUAAUUACA